GGAGAGCCUUGACAGCCUUUUUCUCUCCAUACGCUUCGCUCUGCGCACAAAGGCGGCGUCGUUCCUGCAAGCUGCUGCUGCUGCUGCUGCUGCUGCCACUGGAAUGAAACGUUAUUGAUCAGUUGAUUACAGGUCACUGUUCUGAAGUGAUCGGCGGUUUUCUGUGGGCUCUGGUUCCGUUCUAGCCGGCAGGUUCAGUUUUUGAGGUGGCUGGAUCUCCCGGUUGGACCGGGGGCCGAAAGAUCUCUGAUCUGGUCUCGCGAGUCACCGGGGACACCACGCGCUCAACAGGGGCCAGGCUGUGCGAGUCACGGAUCAGUCCGGAGCCUCCACGCGCGCUCGCCCUUGCACUCAUGGAGGGGGACGUUAUGGACAAGCUGGAGGACAUGGCCUCUGUGUACGAGUUCGACCCCAUCACGGGGAAUAUCCCCGCCACCAAGGUGGAGAUUACCGUCUCGUGCAGGAAUCUUCUUGACAAAGACACAUUCUCCAAGUCCGACCCAUUGUGUGUGCUCUACACCCAAGGAGUGGAAACCAAGCAGUGGAGAGAGUUUGGAAGAACCGAGGUGAUUGACAACACCCUGAACCCAGACUUUGUCAGAAAGUACAUCCUCGACUACUUCUUUGAGGAGAAACAAAGCCUUCGCUUUGACUUGUACGAUGUGGAUUCCAAAAGUCCAGACCUGUCCAAACACGACUUUCUGGGUCAGAUGUACUGCACCCUGGGUGAGAUCGUUGGCUCGCCUGCCAGCCGACUGGAGAAGCCUCUUGGAGGGAUCCUAGGGAAGAAAUGUGGCUCCAUCAUCUUGUCUGCAGAGGAGCUGGGAAACUGCAGAGACAGCGCAACUAUGCAGUUUUGUGCCAACAAGCUGGACAAGAAGGAUUUCUUUGGCAAGUCAGACCCUUUUAUGGUGUUCUACAGAAGCAAUGAGGAUGGAACGUUUACCAUCUGCCAUAAAACAGAGGUGGUGAAGAACACUUUAAACCCGGUCUGGCAGUCCUUUACCAUCCCAGUCAGAGCGCUUUGCAAUGGGGACUUUGACAGAACAAUCAAGGUGGAGGUGUAUGAUUGGGACCGAGACGGCAGUCAUGACUUCAUCGGGGAGUUCACCACCAGCUACAGGGAGCUUGCUCGAGGGCAGAGCCAAUUCAAUGUUUAUGAGGUGAUGAAUCCCAAAAAGAAAAUGAAGAAAAAGAAGUAUGUACAUUCGGGAACGGUGACUCUGCUCUCGUUCUCGGUCGAAGCGGAGUGCACUUUCCUGGACUACAUCAAAGGAGGAACACAGAUCAAUUUCACUGUGGCCAUCGAUUUCACUGCUUCUAAUGGUAACCCUUCGCAGUCCACCUCCCUCCACUACAUGAACCCGUACCAGAUGAAUGCCUACGCCAUGGCCCUGAAGGCUGUGGGCGAGAUCAUCCAGGACUAUGACAGUGAUAAGAUGUUCCCUGCCCUGGGCUUUGGGGCCAAGCUGCCCCCUGAUGGGAGGGUGUCACAUGAGUUCCCCCUGAAUGGCAACAUGGACAACCCCUACUGUAACGGCAUAGAGGGAAUCCUGGAGGCCUACCACCAGAGUCUAAAGACCGUACAACUCUACGGUCCAACCAACUUCGCCCCUGUUGUGAACCAUGUUGCCAGAUAUGCAGCGGCAGUUCAGGAUGGUUCCCAGUACUUUGUGCUUCUCAUCAUCACAGAUGGCGUCAUCUCAGACAUGGCCCAAACCAAGGAGGCCAUCGUCAACGGUGCUAAGCUCCCCAUGUCCAUCAUCAUCGUGGGAGUGGGGCAGGCUGAGUUUGAUGCCAUGGUAGAGCUAGAUGGAGAUGACAUCAGGAUUUCCUCCAGAGGAAAGCUGGCAGAGCGAGACAUAGUUCAGUUUGUCCCAUUCCGAGACUACAUGGACCGGACAGGCAACCAUGUGUUGAGCAUGGCUCGUCUGGCCAAAGACGUGCUAGCAGAGAUCCCAGACCAGUUCAUCUCCUAUAUGAAGAGCAGAGGGAUCAAGCCCAACCCUGCCCCGCCCCCCUACACGCCCCCAGGACACACCCACCACACACAGAUCUGAGCCCCACUUUAACCGAGCACUGAUGGGAGAUAAGAUUUUGGCCAACUUAGGCAGCCCACUGGGAAACUUCCCAUGAAUAUAUAACAAAGAGAAGUGACAUACAAGUGGGAGGAAAUGUUUGUGUUAGUACCUCCCAGUGACUCCUCAAGAGGUGGUUUCUCUUUGUCAUGGUUUUAUCUGUUUUGUUUUGUUUUGAAGGAGUGACAAAGAUUGUGAGGGAAAGAGGAAAAUGCUGUAUCAGGUCUUGAAUGAACAGUGAACUAGUGAACUAAACGUCUUUUUAUCAAAUUAAGACUGUGACUGUUUCAUGUCUGGUGUGAGAGCAGGUCGCUUUGAGGUCAUGUGGUUGAAACUUGUGCCUGUUUAUUGUUAUUGUUAAAUGUAUUAGGACAAGUGCGCCCUCAUCCAAACUUUGACCUUGGCUGACCUUGGUGUGGCUUCUCAUAGCCUGUUUAAGGUGACAUUUUUAGACACCUCAAUAAAUAUAUUUGUUUUAGGUUUGAGGUUCAAAUAAUUUUAGUCAGAUUCAGUUUGAAGUGUUGCAGUGGGUUAGGAUGUCUGGUGGGGAUUCCCGUGGUGUUGACAGGGAGCCACCUCUUGACGCGUGGGUUUAUAGAAGCAUGUUGGUCAUUCAGAUGAAGUUAAGGCAUCGUAUUUAUUCUUUAACAAUUUCAAAAGUUGCAUGUUUAUAUAAUAGAUAUGUACAAAACAUGUUUCUAUAUGAACGUCCCUGAUAGAUUUCUACUACAGAGCUCAGAAAUAUUUCAACAAUUUUGCACUUUUCACAAGAUGUGUCUAAAAGCACAAGUAACAGAUCAUUUUACAUAAAAAAAUAAUUGUUUAAUAUUUACGCUAACUUGUUCUUUCCAUUGUCUCCAAUUGUCCCCUUCGGUCCAACUAUGGUUCCUCAUCCCAACUGUUUAAAAAGCAGUGUUUUUAUCAAUUAAUUCUGUGACAGAUGUGUUCUUGCUGUCACCAUACCAAUAAUGUAUUGUAUGAAUACCAGGAGAACCCAAUUUUUUUAUUUAAUCUCCACUUUGGCCACUGAGUGAUGUUUAUUGAUCAAGCCACACAAACACGAUGCAUGGAGCCACAAGGGAAAUGCAUUGGACACACAUGUUGGUCAAUACUCUGAUUGCUGUUAAUGUUACGAAUUGGAUACUAAAUUAAAAGCAAUUUACACUUAUAAACCAUAAUUCACACAGAAAUAUGUGAUUGACUAUGUGGUUCUCACUUUCAGUCUCCUUUCUAUGCAGUUCUGUGUUGACACUCAGCCACUCAAUAAGACUGUUUAGAACACUAAACACAACUACUUCAUUUUCAGUAUAUCUGAAAGGACCAUUUUAAUUGUCUUUUAUCCACCAGUUGAUUGCUUUACUGCUGCCUUAGAAGACAUUAAAAGUUCAUAUUAAGAUAAGAGGAGACUACAUGUCAGAAUCAGAAUUGGUGUUUAUUCGCCAUGAAAGUUUGCACAGACAAGGAAUUUACUUUGGCAGGAGAGCCUACCUAGGCAGCCAUUUUCGGUGCCAAAUGUCCACGAUGUAGCAAAAAGAUGGAUCUCUUCCAUGACAGUGCUAUCUCGUACCUAACUCUAACCCUGCUCUGUGAUACCUAACUCUAACCGUUCUCUCUGAUAUCUAACUCUAACCCUGCUCUCUGAUACCUAAGUCUCACCCUGCUCUCUGAUACCUAAGUCUCACCCUACUCUCUGAUACCUAACUCUAACCCUACUCUCUGAUACCUAACUCUAACCGUUCUCUCUUAUAUCUAACUCUAACCUUGCUCUCUGAUACCUAACUCUAACCCUACUCGCUGAUACCUAACUCUAACCGUUCUCUCUUAUAUCUAACUCUAACCUUGCUCUCUGAUACCUAACUCUAACCAUGCUCUCUGAUACCUAAGUCUCACCCUGCUCUCUGAUACCUAACUCUAACCCUGCUCUCUGAUACCUAAGUCUCACCCUGCUCUCUGAUACCCAACUCUAACCCUACUCUCUGAUACCUAACUCUAACCGUUCUCUCUUAUAUCUAACUCUAACUUUGCUCUCUGAUACCUAACUCUAACCCUACUCUCUGAUACCUAACUCUAACCCUACUCUCUGAUACCUAACUCUAACCGUUCUCUCUUAUAUCUAACUCUAACCUUGCUCUCUGAUACCUAACUCUAACCCUACUCUCUGAUACCUAACUCUAACCCUACUCUCUGAUACCUAACUCUAACCCUACUCUCUGAUACCUAACUCUAACCCUGCUCUCUGGUUCCUCAAGUACAAUGGAAAAUAGAACUCUGCCCAUGUCAACAAAUCACACCCCAUGAGUAAGACAUUUUCAAUGAAUGAGCAAGUGAGAUUAAUGGGGCGAAAUUGGUGUUAACUUAUCAUUAUUUUGGUACGAUUUUGUGUAUAUGGGAGUUAAUAAGAGAUGAUCUGUACACUGAAACCUACUGAUAGAUUUUCUCAUUAAGAGUUGUGUAGACCUGGAGAUCCGGAGUGUGUUUAUGAGUAAUUUACAUAUUUCUCACAGGCAACUUUAAGGGAAGCACUUUAUCCCUUUCCGUUAACAGACAUGCUUCAAUUGUAAAUGUUUUGUUAUUAUUUUUGGAGAUGAUCGUCUUACUAUAUAUACAAUAUCUACAAUAUCUUUUUUUUCUGGAAUGUGUAAUGAUAAGCCAUUUAACCUGCCGAUUAUGCCACAUCACCUGCCCACGUCACAGUUUAAACUGUCUCUGACGUGGGGAUGUAGGGUUGUGUUCGUGAAAAAUCAUGAAGAAUAAAGAGUGUUUGUACUCUGUGCCAACACCUGGAACAUAGAGACCAUUCCAUCUGGAUUAUGUGCAUGUUAGUGCCAAAUAUGGCAGCAAGAACUGGACUGUUUGCUUUCUCUUCUCUUGUGCCAAAAAACUGAAGCUGUAGCGGACCAGCAUGUUGCAUUAAUAAGAAUGUAUAUUUUCACAAUGUUACGUCACAUUCUGGGACCCUAAUGGGCAGGUGAAAAAAUAUGAAGGUCUAAUAUUUUUGCUUUCCGUCUUACUUAAAAAAAGGUAUUGAUAAAAGAUGUUUAACAAGACCCUCAACGUUGUCAGCACGAUUCUAUAUCCAUGACCAAGCCCAAACGAAAUUCAGUAGUGGU